AUGACCGACCCCUUUUCUGUCGGAGCUGGUGUUGUCGGGGUCCUCUCCCUCGGCAUCACUGUCUGCCAGGGUCUGUCUGUCUACUACGGGCCCUUCACCCAGUUUGACCGUGAAACCAAGGCUCUCGUCCAAAAGGCAGAAGGUCUCACCUCGACACUCCAACAGCUUGAGACGCUUUUGAACCCACUCCAGAAUCCCCUCAACUCUCCGCCAGACGAGGUGAACCUCGUCACUCAGCGAAUCAAAGAUUGCCAGGAUGAGCUGGAAGGCUUAUCCCACGCACUCACGAAAUGCCGCGGAUGUGAUGCGACAACCGUCAUAGAAAAGAGCGGCUGGUACUAUGCUCGCAAGGCGCUGUAUCCGUUUAAACGAGGGACCCUUAUCUCUUUGACAGAAACCGUGUCCAAUUUACAAUCGAAUCUGGAUACAGCAUUGCUGGUUCUGAAUCUGUACGCUCCUACAUACCUUUUAAAUAAUCCAUUUUCCCAACCGUCAUCUAUACAGGGCAUUAUCCAAACGGCUGGAAGACCAAACCACCCUAACCUUUUCCGUUUCCAAAUCCAUCGCGGCAGGCACUACCGAUAUCUCUACAACCCUGACUCGGAUCGAACAUGGGCAACAACAGAUAUUCCAGGCUAUCCAGAGCUUCCAGAAAGCAGGAGUAUCCAGUCCACAAGCACUACCUCCCGCAACACUACGGUCGCUUUGCAAUCAACAACAAGCCGUCAACCGCCAAGUUCGGAAACACGCCCGACUAAGGCAUGUGCCAAAGUCCAAAACAGCUUCUUGUACAUGUCCACAGUGGUCACCUCGACAUUGGAAGAAGAAAUGACCCUCUUCCAUGGACGAUAUACCUUCUGCAACCGGUUCCUGGGCUUCUUCAUACAAUUCAGCAUGCAUGCUAUCAGUGGAGCGGGUGGCUUUACUAUUCACCCCUUUUUCGAUGUUCGACGGGUGGUACCCGACGAUGCGCCGGCUUUCAAACUGUUGUACGAUUUCUUGCAGUUCCCAAACCUUGAAACGUUAAGCUUAAAUGGUCAUUCAGCGGAUUGCUUUUUGCGCCAGCUGCAAAAACUUUUUGAGGACGGAGGGGCAUCACCAAUGGAUACCCGGUCUGAUGGGAGUACCCUACUUCAUGUGAGCUACUGCGUGCAGGAGGAUAAAGUGCCAAUGCCAAACGCUAAUGAGGCUAUUAGCUUACGAUAUGUAGAUGGCCGGCCAUCCAUGAUGUAG